CUGUCAUCUUGGUGCUGAGGCUUUUUGCAAACCAAAAAUGUCUGCCUAAGGGAAACUCGUAACUGAUACAUUUAGAGGAUAUUUCACGCAGGUAUUGGCGUUUAAACCCAACAUUUGCUCUCUUGAGGCGUGUUGCAAGAAAGCGUGUCUUCACCAGAUCACCCUAGUCGGGAUUGUAAUCGGGAAAAAGGUUUCUAGAUCGCCAGGAUGAAUCCUCAGCAGCGGAUUGCCGCUCUCGGAACAGACAAGGAAUUAAGUGACCUGCUGGAUUUCAGUGCGAUGUUCUCUCCACCUGUAAGCGGAGCGAAAAACAGGCCCACCACACUCGGAAGCAGUCAGUUCACUGCAUCAGGUAUGGACGAGCGGACCAACCAAGCGUCUUGGGCCCCAGGUGGCGAGUCCAGUCCCUCCUAUGACUCCUCCCGGGGAUUUGCUGACAGCCCUCAUUACGGCGAUCAUUUGAGUGACAGUCGAUUAGUGUCCCAUGAAGGAUUGUCCCCAACACCUUUCAUGAACUCGAACAUAAUGGGUAAAUCACAGAGGGCUCCCUUUUCAAACUACGGGAGGAGUCCUGGAGCAUCUAGCGUUCAGUCUUCUUCUGUAAGGUCAAACGUAUCGUUGGCAAGUCCUAGUCCAGUGACUCCGUCAGGGAAGUCUGCAGCUCCUUUCUACUCCUUCACUGCAGCCAAUCCUAGAAGACGUCCUCUGCAAGAACCUCAGCCCAUCGAUCCUCUACAAACAAAGAAGGUUCGCAAGGUCCCUCCUGGCCUGCCUUCAUCUGUGUACGCACCAUCUCCAAACUCAGAAGACUUCAACAGAGAUUCACCUUCCUACUCUUCUCCUAAACCCUCCAGCAGUAUGUUCGCAAGCACUUUCUUUGAUGGCAACCACAGUUCGUCCGACCCUUGGAACUCGUCCAAUGGGAUCAGUCAGCCCGGCUACGGGGGAAUGCUCACCGGAUCUUCAUCUCACAUGCAACAGUCAGGAAACUACAGCAGCCUGCACUCACACGACCGUUUGAAUUACCCUGCACACUCAGUCUCUCCAGACAUCAAUGCCAGUCUUCCUCCUAUGUCCAGCUUCCACCGAAGCAACAACAGCACUUCACCAUUCGUCACCGCAGCGCACACCUCGUCCGUCAACACAGCCGAUGGGGUCAUGGCUGCUGCAAAUCGGGGGAACGCUACUGGAAGCUCACAGACUGGAGAUGCAUUGGGCAAGGCUUUAGCCUCGAUUUACUCUCCUGACCACAAUAGCAGUAGUUUUCCAUCCAACCCGUCGACACCUGUGGGUUCUCCUUCACCUCUGACAGCCACAGCAGGUGCUGCCUCAGCAGGCUCCGUGGUGACUGCUGCCGGCCCCCCGUCUGGAAGACCAGGUACCAACCAGUGGCCCCGCGCUGGUGGACAAACCCCCUCUUCCCCAAAUUAUGAGAACUCUCUUCACUCACUGUCUCGGAUGGAGGAUCGUCUGGACAGACUGGAUGAUGCAAUCCUUGUUCUGAGGAACCAUGCAGUGGGCUCCACCACCAGUCUGCCCAGCGACAUACACAGUCUGCUGGGACAAGCACAAAAUGGGCCAAUAGCAGCCCUCGGAGCAAACUUCCCUGCCUCCGCAUUGGUUCCAAGUCGGACAGCAGCGAUGGGUGGUGCCCACACUGACGAUGCUGCCAGCAUGAACAACAGCCAUGGAGGUCUAACCAGCUCCGGCUCCACAUCCAGCGCAGAUCUCAACCGCCAAUUGGAAACCUUCAGAGGUCUUGCUUCAGCCCUGGCUGGCCAGUUGCCUACUACUCUGGAGCUGAAGGUGGAGAAACAGGACAAGGAUGACAUGAAUGAUAAUCUCUCCACUGAUGACAAGUCAGAUGAUGACGGCGACAGAAGAGAUAUGAGAACACAAAGAACAGGCACACGCACGAGUUCUUUCUCCCAAAGUAUCGCUGACGACGAGGACCUUAAUCCGGAGCAGAAGGCCGAGCGUGAGCGCGAGAGGAGGAUGGCUAACAACGCCCGUGAGCGCCUAAGGGUGCGAGACAUCAACGAGGCCUUCAAGGAGCUCGGUCGCAUGUGCCAGCUGCACCUGAAAAGCGAGAAGCCCCAGACUAAACUGCUCAUCCUCCAUCAGGCUGUGGCUGUCAUACUUAACCUGGAGCAGCAAGUCCGAGAGCGGAAUUUGAACCCCAAAGCAGCCUGCCUUAAGAGAAGGGAGGAGGAGAAAGCGUCCGGGGGCUCCGGUGACACCCAACAAGCCCACACAGGGGUCCAUCCAGGCCUGACUGACACGUCCAACCCCAUGGGCCACCUCUGAGCAGCAGACAGAUCAAAGUGAUCCACAUCAUUUCUGUCCCGUUUUGAGUCGGUGACCUUGCGUCCCAGUGACAGACAGGACUCACGGUUUGUGACACCAAUCGAAGGAGACAGACCACUUGAAGCAAAACUACGAGACUUACACAAUCCAAUCCAAAAAGAUUGAAGAAGAGCCAAGCGUCCAGCUCCCUGAGACCAGUUUCCAUCUGCAAAUUUCUCCCCACCUCAAAGAAAAAACUCAGCACAUAUCACUGUCUGCAAGAAGUGUCGUUGCUUCUGAACAAUCAGAGACUUUGCAAUCUCCUCCAACCGUUUGUGGAAGUUGCCCUGUGCCUAAACUGAAUUGACAAAUGCAUUGUAACAGCAACUGUUUUUGUUUGUCUGUUUUUUUUUCCUUCUAUUUAUUAUGUUAUUGAGCUAUAAAGUGUGUGUCUAAAGGGAAAGUGGAGCAAAUUCAAAGAGAAGUAUGGUGCUUUUCAGUUUAUCUAUAGUUUGCCAGGGUCACCAUUAAAACUGAGCACUCCACCCUGGUAAAUAUUUGACAAAAAUAUUUUGGCACUGAGAAGAUUAAUUUAUUGGCCAGAUAAGAGGGAUAUUUAUACCCAACGGAAAAUUAGCAUUAGCUGAUAGAAAUGAAGACGUACGGGCCCCAUAAAAAAAUAAAAGAGGAUAUUAUUUAUAUUUAUAUAUUUUUUAUUUUGCCACUGGCCACAUGUUUAACCAAAACUACCUAUGAUUUCUUCUGUGUAGUUUAGAUCGGUUUCUGUGAUGCUGACCAGUGAAUAAUUGGUCCGGCUACGUAAGCAUAAAUUAUAAUGUCUAAAAGGUGACAGGUGGAUGGCAAACUCAAGGUUUACUGAAAGCUCAGAUGUAGUUGUGUUCUUUUUCCUUGGUAGUGAGCAGUGAAAAUAAAGUGAGCAAACUAUUUGCAAACCUUAGCAUUCCCUGCAUAUUGUUAGUGUCUUAACUAAAAGAAAGGGGACUCCAUUGCCUGUCCUUUUGCCAUAUAGUGUUAGAUGUAAGCAGUGACAUAUUUUUGUAUAUUCUUCUCUUUGUUUAGCCUCAUUACAUGCUGUUGAUGUCAGCACAGAAUUUACUUGUUUUUGUCAUUUUUCUGCCACCAGCUAAUCAGAGAUUGCUUGAUUACUUUAAAAUUUAAAAAAACGACGACGACCACACUUUCUCCUGGCCUGAUGAUCACAUCACUUCUUUUACUUUCCGUUAAUAUUUCAAGAACUUAGAGUUCAAAAGCUGUUAUUCUGAGUAAAAUGUUAGUUAUGUGUAUUUGUCUUGUAACAAGUCAUGUCUUAAGGGGUCUUAAGUCAUGUCUUGUAACAAGUCAUUAUAUCCAGCAUUAUAAUGUCCAGUUUCAGUGGAGAGAACUUUUUCAAUUAUGUUUUCAUCAAACAAUAAGCCAGACAACAUACUUCAUGCAUUUUGUUGAAUAUCAUAGAACCGUAGCACAAUAAUGAACAAAAACACUUAACAGGAUUGUCUUUUAUGUUUGAAGACAUCUUCAUAUCUUUAUUUUUUUUCCUAUCUGUUUGCAUGCUUUAUGUUUGUAUUUGGUCUUAAGAAUUGCUUUGUAUUCCAUUUAUUUCUUUGUAUAUUGUCUUCUAUCAUUAUCUACACCUUAAACAAGACUGCCACAUUUAGUAUACAAAAAAGGGACUUAAAUUAGAAUAAAGGAUGCCACAUCAAGAGUUUACAUUAAAGAUUGAUAAUUUAAAAACGUUUUUGUGAAGAAGAAAAAAACCUAAACCAUUUUCAUGUAUUUUCUGACUGAAUAUGGCCUUGUUCUUCAUUUCAGUAUUCAUGAGCUUGUAUUUAUGUUGGCAGACUUUGAUUGGGGGAAUAGUACGUCACUUCCUGCUCUUAUUCCUUAUUUCCUGUUCUUGGGAUGUUUCUUUGCUCCUCUGUUUGCCAAGUUAGACUUUGCUGUAAUCCAAGAUGCUUUCCCUUAUAAUAUAUGAGAACAAAGAAAAUCAAAAGAAAAAAAAAAACAUUUGGCUUAUUUUUCACUGUAGUUAGUCUUUUAUACAAUAAUACUGUAAGAAUAUUUCUUGAAUUCUAAAAAUUACUCUUUCUAGAUUUUUGAAAGCAAAAGUUUUGAGUAAAAAGUUUCUUAUUUUAUUUUACUAUAUUAGAUAGUAAAAUGUAUGGUUAUUCACAAUAGCCUGUCCAUUAUUACAAGAAAUCUACAAAUGGCAUCUCAAGAACUUAGCUGAAUUGUUGCUCGUUGUCUAGUCCUUCAAAAGGCUUCGUACAAAAGUGCGACCUCCAACCUUUUUUUCUGUCUCUAGUUCUUGAUUGAUAAAAGAUUUGUUCUUGUGUCAAAUUAAAAGGUAUUGUCGAUGCACAUAAAAAAAACUGCAAAAAUCAAGAAUUUUGAUUUGAAUUUUCUGUCUUUUUCAACAGAAAAACAAUGUAAAUAACAUUUAUGUUGCAAUAAAU